AUGGAGAAUGAUAUGGAUGAGCAAAUUGUUCUUCUUUUGAAGAACAAUAUGCAGAUGAAUUUCACACUUGUGCAAUUCUCUGAUCUUGCUAACAAAGAUCUCUUAGAUCUUCUGGAAACCGUUAUACAUGCAGUUUCUCCGGAGCAACCGGAAAAGAUUGGCACAGAAAAAAUCGAGGCAACAGUCGAUCGUAUCUCAGAAUUCCUUCGUGUUCUUAAAUUCGAGUUCCCAUGUCCAGCAGAUGAAUGGGAUCGCAAGUUUAAGGAUGUUGACCCAACAAUUAUUCACCCAGCUCUUCUCUUCUUACUCCACGAUAUGGACGAGAUGAAGAAGCGCGCUUACGUAGCUAAAUACAUGGAAGGUGACCACGUUCCAGAUGAAAUCGCCGUAGAUACAACAGUCCAAGAAAUGAUGACCCAGCUUCGUGAACUUCGUGAGCAGUUCGAAGCAACAUACAACGAGCACGAAGAGCUCGGAGCUACUUCCGUUGAAGAAUUAAAGACAACGAAGACCGACCUCGAAGCAGACAAAGCCAGACUUGCUAACAAGAUUAACAGCUUCAAGAGGAAGCUCCAGGGCGUCAAGAACCUCCAAGAACUCCUUGUUUUGACUGGAAAAAUCAGAACCGAAUCCGAGCGCGAAUUGAAGUUAAACGAGCAAAUCGACCGUCUUGGAGAUGAAAAGAGACUGUUAAUGCAUCGCCAGCAAGUUUCUUCUGAUCGUAUUAAAAAUAUGAAAUCACAUCUUGAGAAAAACCUUCAAGAAAAGCGCGAUGAGCUUGCCCAGUUGAAGAAGGUUACAACAGGCAAGACAGAUGACAACAACCUUGCUUUCCUCCAGAAACAAGUCUUCGCUGCAAGUAAAAAACAGGAAGAAAAAGAGAACAUGCUUAAGGACAUUCAAGCCAAGCGUGCAGAGGCUGAAAAGCGCCUUCAAGAAAAGCAAGCCCAAGGCAUCAUCGAAAUUCCAAACCAGCAACAAUUCACGAAUUACAUCGAAUUACUCAAAACUAAGAACCAAAACUACAGACAACUCCAGAAUGAGAUCAGCGUUUACCGUAAAGAGCUCGCAAUCAUCAUGAGAACAGAAGCUCUCGUAAAAGCUCAGCAGAAAUCCGUUCAAGAUGAAAUUGAACGUAUCGAGAAGCAGAAAGGUAUCUACGGCUUCCGCGAUACUCGUGCUAAGCUUGAACAGUACUCCGCUACAAAGGCAGAUAUCGAUGACAACAAGAAGAAGACUUUAGAAGAAAUGUCUCAAAUUGUUCAAGAGAUUCAGCGCUCUAUCAAAGCUCGCCAGGAAGAACUCCGUCCAUUCGUUACUGCUCUUCAAGAAAAACGUAAAGAAAAAGCAGAAAUCGAAAACAAAUAUCUCCAAGCUAAACAGCGCAAGGAAAAGGCAGAAUUAGAAUACGAUACAGCAUGCAACGAACUUGAUGAUGAAUGCAAGAAGCUUCGUGCUGAAAUUUCUACAUAUCAAAGUAAAUUCUUUAACAUUCAAGCACUUCUUGGUCAACAACAACGUACAGUUAAACGCCUUACAGAUGAACAACGCGCUGUUGAAACAGGAAACCCAAUUUCUAGUACUAUUAAGACUUAUGCUGAUUAUUUCCAGAAAGAAACACUCGCAAUGAAGAAGCGAACAAAGGAACUUAAAGAACAGAAGAAGGCAAUCGGUGGACAGAGCCAGGAGAACCAGAAACAGUUAGAAGCAUUCCAGAGUCUAAGAAGAAUCCUCCAAGUCAAACUACAGUGCCAGAGAAAUACACAGGAGCAGAACAAGAAGGACAAAGAGAAAGAAUACGACGAAAUACACAAUGUCAACGAACAUAUCAUCAUUACAAAUUAA